AUGAGUCGUGGAGGAGAUCGUCGUCCGGCGCCGGACAUCAACGGACUCACGUCGCUCAAGAUCGACAAUCUGUCGUACCAGACGACGCCCAACGAUUUGCGACGCACUUUCGAGCGAUACGGCGAGAUUGGCGACGUGCACAUUCCGAGGGACAAGUACUCGCGACAGUCGAAGGGGUUCGGAUUCGUUCGCUUCUAUGAGUCAGUUUGAGCAGAUGAAAAUGUUAAAAUUUCCAAUAAAAACGGUGGGAAAUGAGGUGGUGCUUUGUUUUUGAGCCAAAAACGAGCAUAUGCUGUUAGGAAAUCAAAAAAUUUCAAUUAUUUGAAGUUGUGAAUUCAACCCUCCACCCCUUUUGAUCGAAAAAUGCAGAAUUUGCCGGAUUUUCAUCAAACGAAGCUAAUUUUUGCAGACGCCGCGACGCCGAGCACGCGCUAGACCGCACCGACGGAAAACUGAUCGACGGACGUGAACUUCGCGUCACUCUGGCCAAAUACGACCGCCCGUCGGACGAGCGAGGGGGCCGUGGAGGUGGUGGCGGCGGCGGAGGACGCAGAAGGUAAACUAAGCAUAGAUUUGGGUGCAAAGACGAGUGAAACAUCGGAAUUCUCGGCCGAAAAUGACCGGAAAUGGGCGUAGGAACGCGAUUUUUGGCAUGGGAAUGUGAAAAUUUAUCGAAUUUAAUCGGCGCGAAACUUUUCAUUAUAGCAGCCGGUCGGAUGGCGCUGAGCUGCUGAAACGGUUGCUGAAAAUCAGUGUUUUGCGGCCUGAGAAAUGUGUGUUGCUGAAAGAAAAGCUGCACGCCGAGUGAAAAUGCUGAGAAUGUGCUGUGAGAGCCGCGAAAAAGGUGGUGAUUGUGAGCUGAAAGUGAGCUGAGAAAGACACGCUGAAAAACACGACGUGUAAGUGAUCGAAAAGUACUCUUUUUCUCCUUCUUCUCCUCCCUCUUCUUCUUCUUCUUCUUCAUCUGUUCCUCAGUUGUUUUUCUCGAAUAUCAUCGGUGGAUUCAUCAUUGAUUUUGGAUGUUGUUGAUUCAAUUUUUCCGUAUUUGCAGAUCGCGUUCGCCGAGAAGACGCUCCAGAUCGCCGAGAUAUUCGCGUUCGAGAUCGGUUAGUCUAGUCGCGCUCUAUUCCUAAUAAUCAAUCAAUCCAGAAUCAUAAAAUAAUCAUCAAAUUUUCAGCCCCGCCGCUCCCGCAGCCGCACCCGUUCCCCGCCGGCCCGUGACCGACGCGACUCCUCUGCAGACCGUGCUCCAGCCCGCAAACGGUCCCCAUCGGGCGGGCGUGGAGACAACGGCGCCGCGUCGGACGGAUCCCCAAAGGCCGGACGUCGCAGCCGAUCGGCGUCCCGCUCGCCGAGCCACUCGCGCUCGCGCUCCCGUUCCAACUCGCCCAACUGA